AUGAACAGCUCAAUCGAGCAGCGGCGCCACAGUGAGGGCAGUAACUCCACCUCCUGUAUCUUCAUGGUGAACAAACCGUACGCCCUCACCUGCUCCGUGGUGGCCUUCUACAUCCCGCUGGUCCUCAUGGUGCUGGCCUACCAGAGGAUCUACAUCACGGCUCGAGCCCACGCCCUGCAGAUCAGCAUCUUGCAGCGAGCGGGAGGAGGUGGAGGAGGUGGGAUAGACCAUCAACGAAACCACCGCAUGCGAACAGAGACCAAAGCAGCCAAGACUCUGUGCAUCAUCAUGGGUUGCUUCUGCCUCUGUUGGGCGCCGUUCUUCGUCACUAACGUGGUGGACCCCUUUAUAGACUACGCGGUGCCGGAGCAGCUGUGGAUCGCCUGCCUGUGGCUGGGAUACAUUAACUCCAUGCUCAACCCCAUCCUCUACGCCUUCCUCAACAAGUCCUUCCGCCGUGCCUUCCUCAUCAUCCUGUGCUGCGGGAGGAAGAGGUACCGCCGGCCGUCCAUCCUGGGGUCCGGAGCGCCCUGCACGGCCACGCAGAUCAACGGCUCCACACAUGUAGUCAAGUAA